AUGGCACAAGACCUGACAAACAAGUCGGUCGCCUCGACGUCUCCAAAGCCGCCGAAGAUUUCGCAUAUCCUCGAGACAUGUCUGAUGGUCAAGGACGUCGGCGCUGCAACCGAAUUCUACAGGAAUCUGCUUGACGUUGAGCCGUUCAUGAACACGCCACGAAUGUCCGGCUUCGCCCUAUCCCAGACGACACUGCUCCUGUUCCAACUCGGAGCCACUGCCUCGGACAGCCCCAUGCCGGACAACCGGGGCACGAUUCCCGGCCACGGGCCCUCGCAGAACAUCCUCAACUUGCUCCUCGCCGCACCAGAGGCCGCCGCUGGUGGUCAAUCACAUCCAUCCUCGCGACGGGUGGAUAUCCCGGGCCGUCUGAACCAACACUUCUGCCUCGCGGUGGCCUCGCCGGACGACGUCCAGGCCUGGGAGAAGUGGUUCGAGGACAAGCACGUGGAGAUCCUCGGAAGAGUCGAUUGGCCCCGGGGCGGGAAGAGCGUGUACUUUGGCGAUCUGGACGGCAACGUCGGGGAGAUUGCCAGUCGGGGCAUCUGGGAGCAUUAUUGA